AUGGCGUUCACCAACAACAGCUCGACAAACGGUACACAAGAAUUUCAAGGGCGCGAUAGUCAAAGUGGAAGUUGCUCGCUGUCCCCGGAUGCUGAGGCUAUCACGAUAAGCCACGCUUCUAUCUACAGUGUUCUUUUGCUUUCUUCUCUAAUAGGAAACUCUCUCCUUAUCUACUCGACUCUAAAAUCGAAUAUCAAGAUGAACCGUAUUAUAGCUAACAUAGCUUUUUCAGAUCUCUUGUUCUCCACAGUUCACUUUCCUCGUGAGAUUGUCACUCAAAUCCGCGGAGAUUCGCCGACUUUUCUAGUCAGUGGGUGGAUUGGAUCACUCUUCUGUAAGAUAGCCCCUUUCGUAACGGACUCCUCAGUUGCUGUGUCUACGUUCUCCCUGGUUUUGAUCGCCGCUGAUCGAUUGGUGGCCAUUGUAUAUCCAACAAGAUUUCGUCUAAUGACUGUCAAAACGCGACGGCUUCAGAUCUCUUGUACUUGGAUCUUAGCGAUGGCGAUUCACUCUCCAUAUUUCUAUACUUUCCGUUUGGAAGCAACAAGCAACGGCGAAACCAUCUGUAACUCGAAUUGGGAACCGGCCUUCGAUCACGAGUCAACGUCUCUGUGGUUCUAUACUAUGUUGCUAGUCACUGUACUGAUUAUACCUUUAGUAACAGUAGCCACACUGCAAACUAUCGUCUUGGUCAAACUCAGAAGCGACGACAUGGCGGCUUUCCGUACUUCCAUCGCCAAUCAGCGACAGGCACAAAGGAAUAAAAAACUUGUGAUAAUGUCCGCUGUAAUCGUCCUGGCGUUUGCUACUUGCUGGCUACCUUUUCUCGUUAAUACGUUUCUUAGACUCUACUUCCCAGCUUCUAUUCCAGACUGCAGUCUUGGCUCUGUAGCAUUUCGUCAAUUUGCUAUGUUGUUCUCGUUUUGCCACGUCCUGGCCAAUCCAUGUGUUUGCUUCACGUUUAUGCGCCGUCUUCGAGUGUUUCGAAUACCUAAGAAUACACUGAGGAAAAGCUCCACCUAUGUGGAAACAAGAUUAUGA